CCUAAAAGUAAUAAAAAAGGGUUUAAGAAGAGGUUUAUGAGCAGCCUGGGAAACUUUACUUGCAUGCUUUCAGAUUCAAACCCUAGCUCCCCCAAAUUCAACAAUCCUCACCAUGUCUUCCUCACCGACCCACGAAUCAAAAUCUGAAAUUGAAGAGACCCAUCAAGCUGAAACGGAUGAAACCCAAAAACCUAAGGAGGAAGACCAAGAAGAAAUUGGAAACGAUGAGGAAGAAGAGGAGGAGGGUGAAUGUGGCUUUUGCUUGUUUAUGAAAGGGGGAGGUUGUAAAGACUCUUUUAUUGACUGGGAAAAAUGUAUUGAAGAGGGGGAGAAGAACAAAGAGGAUAUAGUGGAAAAGUGUUUUGAGGUUACUUCUGCUUUGAAGAAGUGUAUGGAGGUGCACUCUGACUAUUAUGCUCCUAUAUUACAAGCUGAGAAAGCUGCAGAGGCUGAAUUGGAGAAGGAGAAGGAGAAGCAGAAGGAGCAAGGAAAUGAAGGCAACGACACCGGAUCAGACACCAAAUUGGAAGGGAGUUCAAAUACUUCUUAGUUAAAGCAGAGGCUAGUAAGUCUGCAGAAUCAGAAAAAAAAUGAUAUUUUUUGCUUGGGAUGUUAUAGGUGAUUUUGAUAAUUAAAAAGUGGAAACUGGGAGAUUCUUUUGAAUUGAGGGAAGAGAAUAGUCCAAUAAUUGUACUGAAGUUGCCUCAAAUUUUAACAUUAUAUGGUUUCUCAUGAACUGAAUAAUUAGUUGCAUUUGUCUUGCAUCUUUUGUAUACUCAGCAAAAUUUGGUGUAAACUAUAGUUUCUUCUGAUUUAUGAUAUAAUGAUGCUGGAAUGAGCAGAAGAAAUCUUCCAGCUAUGACCUUCAA